AUGUCCUCUAACAGUCAAGAAACUUAUUUUUUUAAUGCUAUUCCACCAUUUCGGCCCAGCAAUGCUCCGGCAUCACCCACGGAACAACCUCGGCAGCCGAGGAAUCUCCAGGGAUUGCUUCGUUUUGCAAUGGAAGCUACUAAAUCAGAAGAUGCACCAGGAACUUCCGAUUUAAGUCCAAUGGAUGAAGAGAGGAGGAAAUUCUUAGAAGAAGCACUAAAAGCUAUGUCAGUGGAUGUUGCUGAAAUGUUGCAAGAUGCUAUAAAAUUACUUAAAGACGUUAGUGUUAUGAACAUGAUUAAACGCGGGGAAGAGAUUCCAGAUAAUAUUAAUGGAAGGUUAAACCAAAUCAUGGAUUAUGUUGAUGACAUAGACGUGGCUAAUGAUUUCAAGAAAAUUGGCGGCUUUGCUAUUUUCCCAGUAUGCUUUGGCUGUGAUAAUGAUGAGGUCAGAUCAAAAACCAGCAGCAUAAUUGGCACAAUAUGCCAAAAUAACCCACCAUGCCAAACCAAAGCUAUAGAAUGUGGUCUGUUGGGUCUCCUGAUCCAUUUGGCAAAUUCUGCAUUGGAUUCAAAUACAAAUAGUAACCUGUUUGGAAAAUAUUUGUAUGGCAUUUCAGGAAUAAUCCGUGGAUUUGAUCCGGCCAUCAAACAGUUCAUAGAACUAGAGGGGUUGGAGUUGCUGAUGAAAGCUCUGCAAGGCUCCAACAUGACGGCUAAAACAAGGGCUGCUUUUAUUGUACAGCAUUUGUGUCCAACUAACUCUGAUGUAAAAGAUUUCUUCAUCAAGCAAAAUUUAGUGAAGAUUGCCGCAGAGGAAAUACACGCUGGUCAAAAUGAGGCCACCGAGCACUUACUGAGCAUGCUUCAGAGCCUGUUGGCGAGUAACGAUCCAAAAAUUAUGGAGCAAUGCAACAAUCUCGAGUUGAACUUCAAAGGCAUUAUACAAAAUCACCUAAUGCUAGUCGAGAAGGAUGACACUUAUAUGGAAGAAAGGGAUUAUUGCAAAACCAUCUUGACACUAUUGGACAAAUAUUCGCAGUAUGACCUCAACGAAGAAGUUGAUAGGAACUAUCUACACUACCAUAUUGUU